AUAAGCGAUGUAUGUGCGAUUAUUCAUUGCAUUCCGAAAGACUUAUUGAAAUCGAGUUUCAUUUCGACACACACAGCACAUAAGCGUUUAAGUCCCAGUAUAUCGGUAUUCGAUUCCAUAUACUACCAUAUUAACCUGACAUUUUUUUUCUGUAUUGACAGAGAGAGAGAGAGAGAGAGGAAGAGAGCGAAAGAGCGAGAGCUAUGUUUGACUUCUGUCAAAGAACAACAUGAACAACGAUAAAAAGAAGUCAUAGUGUUGAUACUGAACACAAGUGCGUUGCAUAGACCGCAGAACCGUCUACACAAUUUGCGUUGUUGUCGUUGUUGUGCUUGUUUUUUUCGUCUUCACUGUGUUCUAUCGGUCAUUUAGUGUUGUCUCUCAUUCUCUUCUAUCUUCUUCUCCGUGUAUACGGUCACAUGCACAUCUUAUGGAACGGCUCUCGCUAAUCGGAUCGCCGUUGUGUAUUUGUUGCUUGUGAUUCGGAUUUGGUUGUUGUUUUGUGUGUUUAUGUUUUAGUGUUGAAAAUUAAAAUGUGACUCUGGCUAAAAUUGAUUACUAGCCAGUUUCAUUCGAUCCGAUCACAGACAAGUUGACAUCACAACCUUAACGAAUCUGGACGUAAUUUUUUGUUUUAUUUGAACUGAAAAAAAAAUUUGCGUUCGUGGUUCGUGCUGCGACUUCAAUAAACAAUUUUGUUUCGAUUAGUAGAUUUAAUUUGUGUUGAUUUAAAAAUAAACGUAUCUGUUGUGCCGUACCGAGUUCAAAUACUCAAAGUGACUUUAAACGAAAUUGUAUAUUUCAUGUUUGACUGAACAAUUGUUUUAGAAAGAGAAAAAUAUUCGUGCAAUGAAGAAAUUUAUAAUAUGGACCGUUGUUUUAUUAGUGUAUGCAGGCUACAUUGUAAAAGGUCAAGAAUCUGGUUGUGAUGCGAUUCUUUCGUGGCAAUGCAAAAACGGUGAAUGUAUUGGAAUUGGCGAACGAUGCAACGGUAUCGCCGAUUGUACGGACGGUAGUGAUGAAACGGUGCGCGAAUGCAUCUCAUUUCAAUGCAGCGAAAGUAAAUUCCGAUGUACAUACGGCGCCUGUGUAAACAAAACGGCCGAGUGCAAUGGAGCCAAAGAAUGUCACGAUAAUUCAGAUGAGCUCACCGAGAAGUGUCUGCCAGACAAUGACGACAGAAUACGUGGAAAAUGUUCAGCCGAACAAUUUCAAUGCAAAUCGGGCGAAUGUAUUCCCAUUGACAACUUGUGCGACGGAAACAAAGAAUGUAGAGAUUCAUCGGACGAAUCAGUUGAGUACUGUGCAUCGAAAUGCUGUCCUCCAUUCGGAUUUCGAUGUGGAUACGGGGCUUGUGUUGAUGAGAAAGCAAAAUGUGAUGGAAAUAUCGAUUGUUUAGACGAAUCCGAUGAAAACUACCUGUUGUGCGGCUACCCAGAAACUGGACGUCCACAGAUUACAACGACAACAAGCACAACAGUCAGACCAGCUUUCGAUCCAAAUAAGAUUUACUUUACCAAUCCAUUCGAGGACAUUCCAAAUGGCGCUUGUCGUAUUACAAAAAUACCACGAAACGGUUGGAUUGAAUACGCUUCGGAGCCGAAUGACAAAUUGUCACCGGGCGAAUUUGUUAAUUCAGUUACAACAGUUAACUAUAAAUGCCUUCAAAAUCAUAUCAUCGAAGGUCCAACUGCAAAUUUCUGUUUCCAAGGCCGUUGGAGAGCUGAAAUUCCCGACUGUAGACCAAGAUGCAGUACAAAGGCCAUUACUGGUAUUUCAAUUGUUGCCACCAGUUGCUUCUUGAAUGACGUUGAAGUUCGUUGCUCCGAACCGGCUGAACCGGGCACAAUCGCUCGCGUCAAUUGUCGCGAUCGUUACGAGCGUUCAUCAGCGUCAAAACAACAAAUCAUUACGUGUGGAGAUGACGGUAUAUGGACACCAUUGCCUGAGCCAUGUUCACCAAUUUGUGGCGAAGAGGCACCUGAAGGUACUCCAUACGUUGUUGGUGGCUUCCAAGCUUCGAUCAACGAAGUUCCAUGGCAUGCCGGUAUCUAUAAAUUCAACGGAAAUGCAUACAGUCUUCAAUGCGGUGCCACAAUCGUUAAUGCUCGUGUCGUUGUUUCGGCUAUGCAUUGUUUCUGGGAUCCAAGUGAAGCCAAACCAUACGAUUUGUCACAGUUCCGUGUUGCAGUGGGUAAAGAGAAGCUUGGCUUUGAUGCCAUUGAAAAUCAAAAGGAACAAAAAUUCGAAGUUGAACGUAUCUUCUACGAGCCUGGAUAUAAUCACGCAACUGGCAACUAUGCCUCCGACAUCGUUUUGAUCGUGCUGAAAAAUACAAUUGAAUUCAAAUCGUACAUUACUCCAAUUUGCAUUCCGUAUGGUUUGACAUAUGAUGAUCGUGUUGUGCCAGCUGGAUGGAGAGGUCGAGUCGCUGGUUGGGGAAAAACAGCUAGCGGUGGUGCACCGAGUGAAUUCUUGAAAAUCGUCGAAUUGCCAACCAUUGAUCGUGCUCAAUGUCUUGCCGAAUCGGACAUCGGAUUCCGGCCACAAAUUACACCAGACAAAUUCUGCGCCGGCCAUUUGAACUCGAACGUGAGCGUGUGCCAAGGUGACAGUGGCGGUGGCUUAGUUUUCUCAUCUCUUGAAAAUAACCGCAAGAAAUGGUAUUUGCGAGGAAUUGUGAGCACGGGAGCGAAUAAACAAGACAGCUGUGACAGUGAUAAAUAUUCGACAUUCACAAAUGUUGCAUACUACGAACCGUUGAUUUCUACAUAUGAACCACGUUACAGACCACGAUAGAUAGAGCCUGUUUUACGAUCGAUUUCCUUGGGCGACGUUUUAUUAUAUUAGAAUACUCCUGAUUAGCUUGAUAAUAUCCCAAGUCAUUUGUGAAAAAUAAAUACACUCACGGAACAAUAAUUUUUUGAAUAAAAGACAAUUGCUUUUUACACACUA